GUAUAUUAUUACAACACCACAUUGCAUUUCAACAACAACUAAAAUACACACAAAGACACAAUCCUUUCUUCUAGCAACACAAAAAUACACACACUUUUCAAACCCCAUUUUACUAACCUCACGAACCGGUCAUUCAACAUCUCACCACCCUCUCCAUCGGAUCUCCCUCACCGUCACGUCACUUUAUCAUCUCCCCCCUCACCUCCUCUCUUUUUCUUCACUCCUUAACUCUCUCUCUCUCUCUCUCUCUCAUGAACCCUAAUUCACAGAACCAUUAAAAUCAUCAUCAUCAUCUUCAUCAUCAUCAUUAUUAUACAUGUCGUUGAUGAAGGUAUUUCGAUCUCGAAAAUUCUCCAAAUCCUUUAAGGAAGUUCAAUCUCUCGAUGCUAUCGCCGAUGACCGGAGAGGAAUCUCCGGUCGUGAAUCGGCGGACGGAACUGAUUGGUCCACCAUGUUACCGGAUCUCCUUGCGGAGAUAAUCAAACGAGUUGACGUCGCCGAAGAACAGUGGCCGCACCGCCAAAACGUCGUCGCUUGUGCUUGCGUUUGUAAACGGUGGAGAGAUAUCACACGUGAGAUUGUUCGUUCACCUUCCCGUAACGGAAAAAUCACUUUUCCUUCUUGUCUUAAACAGCCAGGACCACGCGACCUACCGCAUCAAUGUCUUAUUAAGCGGAAUAAGAAGACUAAUACAUUUUACCUUUAUCUCGCCCUCUCAUCAUCAUUCACAGACAAAGGGAAAUUUCUAUUAGCAGCUAGAAGAUAUAGGUGUGGUACCCAUACUGAGUAUGUUAUAUCACUUGAUGUUGAUGACUUAUCACAAGGAAGCAAUGCCUAUGUUGGAAAGUUAAGCUCGGAUUUUCUUGGCACCAACUUCACAAUUUAUGACAGCCAGCCACCUCAUAAUGGUGCCAAACCAUCAAGUUGCAAAGCUAGCCGGCGGUUUGCAAGCAAACAGAUAAGCCCUCAAGUUCCUGCUGGUAACUUUGAGGCAGGGAAUGUCUCCUACAAGUUCAACCUUUUGAAAUCAAGAGGUCCAAGGAGAAUGAUUUGCUCUCUGAUGUCUACUGUCUCAUCAUCAAUGGAUGAAAGUUCAGACAACAAGUAUUUUGAUGGCCUUAAGAUGCACCGUAAAGAACAAGCCGCUUCUGCAUACACAAUCUUGAAAAACAAAGCUCCAAGGUGGCACGAGCAUUUGCAGUGCUGGUGCUUGAACUUCCAUGGUCGCGUGACUGUGGCUUCUGUAAAGAACUUUCAGCUGGUUGCCACUGUCGACCAAAGCCAACCAGGAGGGAAAGGCGAUGAAGAAACAGUUCUCCUCCAGUUUGGUAAAGUAGGGGAUGAUACUUUCACCAUGGACUAUAGACAACCCUUAUCCGCCUACCAGGCGUUUGCCAUUUGCUUAACUAGCUUUGGCACUAAACUAGCUUGUGAGUAAUAUAAUUUUCGGAUCAAUAUGCGUAUUUAUUUACCUUGGAUGUUAUAAAGUGAUUAGUUUUUUUUUUCUUUCUUUUCUCCUUUCACUCAGCUGAAUCUAUGAUUGCAGGAAGCUUGCUUGUAAAUGUUACAUUAUUAAUUAUUAAUAUUAAUACAUGACAUCUUCCAUAA